GUAAAUAAAUUAAAAUAUCUUCUCUUUAUAUUUUGCUGGAACAGAAUAAACACUUGUCGCAUUGAAAAGAGGGGAGUCCUUCAUCACCCAUGGUCCUAUACUAAAAGCUUACUCCUAAAAUCAAACUACAAGACGUGAAGAAAAAAAAAAGGACAUUGUGAACUGUGUAUACAUGCAUGAGAAGUAGAGAUCUCACUAAUACAUAACACGAUUAAGUUGCUUCAUCUCGGGAAUAAGACACCUUGAAAUCGAAGUUGCUAUCUUCUUUUUUUUUUUUUUGCCAGCGAAGUUGCUAUCUUUUUUUAAGAAAAAAAAUAUUCUAAAAUCACCUAAAAUUUAAUAACCAAAUCUCACAAAAUUCCAAAUCAUUUUCUAAUCAAAUCAUUUAAAAUCUCUAACAUAUAACCAAAUCUCCUAAAAUUUUACUUAAAUCUCUCAAAAUUUUAAAAUAUUAAAAUCCCAUCAAAUCUCAUAAAAUAUCAAGUUCAAUACACCCCCCUAAAACUAUCUUCACCCAUCUCACAAAUCAUCUCUCUUUUUACAGUUAUACCCUUCUUCUUCCCCAACUCUCUCAUUUUCCUCCAGAAAAAAAAAAAACAAUCUUCUCAGAAAUCACCACCAUGGAAGUCGCUGUUCUUCAUCCUCGUGAUUGUCUAAACGAUCUCUUCUCCACAAACAACAACGUUCCCACUCCUCACCGUCAGAAAAAACCGGUAAGAAAUCGCCGUCGCCGGAGUCCGCCACGUCAUCAAACCACGAUCUCUCCUCCUUCUCUUCCUCUGAACCACUCAAAUCAUGUGAGAGUUUUGAAGCGCGGCAACAACGUUAAGAUACCGGAUCUAGCGGUUGAAAAGCCAGAUCUGAAAUCUAACCGUCGGAUCGGGACAGAUCCGGUGAAGAUAUCGACUCCGAUCGGAGUUUCUUCGAAUCGGAACUCGACGCCGGCUUUGUUUUACGCUGGCCCAGUCACAUCGACAUCUCCGCCGCCGAGUGAAGUCCCUUUACCGGCGUUCUUCGCUAAGAAAAGCGUCUCUGUUUCCAAACCAACAGAUGCAACCAACGAUCUCAUCAGAAUCCUACGCCUAGAUAUCGCCUGAUUCAUUUCUGACUUCUUCCUCUGAUCGUUCAAAUAAACCGGUCCGAUCUUGCAUCCUCCGGAAGUUAGAAGAUGCAGAGACAUCUUCGUAAUGAAAAAAAUUUCGAAUUCUUCUCUUAUUUUUUCAAGGGGAAAGAUCGAAAUUAUCUUCUUCAACAAGUCUCAAGUUUCACUUCUAGGGUUUAGUAUGUGAUUAGGCUUUUCGCAUUUCUUUAGUCUCUUUUAUAGUAUAAUGUUUUGUCUUUAAUGUCUUUACUGUGUCCAGUGGUAUCCCAUGUCAUAUGUAAUCGUUUGUUAGUGAAGAAGGUAUAUGCGACUUCAUAGAUUUGCAGUUUUCUGCAUCAUGUUUUAGA